AAAAAAAAAAAGAUAAAAUUCAAAACAACACUGAGCGAGUACUAUUUAUGUUUCAAACUCCUCCUUCUUCAUCACUGAGCGAGUCAGAGAUAGACACUGACUCAGUGAGUGGUUUCUGUUUUCUAUCUAAAAGCACGCCGAGUCAAACGAGUCACAGUUAGCGAGCUGAGUUGAACCAGGUGAUAUCUAAGAAGAGAUUAUCAAAGGAGAAGAUGAGUGAAAUUAUGAAGAAUCAAGGUUCACAAUGGUGGUGGCUUGACACACACACCAUCACUAGAAGAUCUCAAUGGCUUCAAUCCACACUCAAUGAACUGAAUAAGAAGACACAGGCAAUGCUCAAAUUAAUUGAACAAGAUGCAGAUUCAUUCGCGCAACGCGCAGAGAUGUAUUACAAGAAGAGGCCAGAGCUUUUAAGCCUUGUUGAAGAUUUCUAUAAAGCACAUCGCUUGUUAGCCGAGCGGUACGAUCAGGUCAGGCCGGACACUGGAGCUCGGCUACUGAAGGUUGGAGGGUCGCCUUUUGCUUCUCCAAGUUGUAAAUUACAGAAGGCAGUGAGUUUUGCAGAUAGUGGUUAUGAUGAUAGCAAUUCCGAGAGUUGUGAUGUAGAGGACGAGUUUAUGGAAUCCGAAGUUGAUGAUCCUGAGCACGAGGAUGAUGUUCGUUCUGUGGCAUCAAGCGAUAAAGUGAUGAUGAAGAUAAAGAAAGAAAUUCAGAACAAGGGUGAUAAGGAUCAAAUCAAGAAGAAAGAUUCCAUUUGUGAAGAAAUUGUGAUGUUGAAGGAAGAAAUCGAAAGACUCAAGGAAGAGAAUAAAGCACAGAAGGAUCAAAUUAGACAGAAAGAUAUAAUCUGUGGUGAAGUAAUGAUGUUGAGGAAAGAAAACGAAAGAUUCAGAGAAGAGAAUCGAGUGCAGAAGGAAGAACUAAAGCAGAAAGGUAACUUGGUGUGCAAGGAAAAGAUUGAGAGACUUGAAGAAGAGAAUAGAGAACUUGUGGAGAAGCUUAAGCUGAAAGUUCCUGCCUGUGUUGAAUUAAUAGAGUUGAGAAAAGAAAUUAGAAAAUUAAAAGAAGAGAAUAGAGCAAAGGAGGAUCAAAUCAACCAGAAAGAUUCCGUUUGUGCUGAAAUAACGGUGUUGAGGAAAGAAAUACAAAUUCUCAGAGAAGAGAAUAGAUCAAAGGAAGAUCAACUGAAGCAGAAAGAUAGCUUUCUUGACGAACUAAUGGUGUUGAGUAAAGGAUUUGGAGAAGAGAAUCGGUUGUUGAAGGAAAAACUCGAGCUGAAAGAUGCUAUGUCUGAUGAAGUUAUGGUGUUGAGGAAAGAAAUAGAAAGACUCAGAGAAGAUAAUAGAGAAAAGGAGGAUCAACUCAAGCAGAAAAGUAGCAUUUGUGAUGAAGUAAUGGUUUUGCAGAAAGAAAUUGAAGGGCUCAGAGAAGAGAAUAGAACAAAACAGGAUCAGCUGAAGUACAAAGAUGCAAUUUGUAUCAAAAUAAUGACUUUGAGUGAAGAAACAGAGAAACUCAGAGUAGAGAAUAUAGCUCUGAAGGAUCUGCUAAAGAAGAAAGAUAACAUCUAUGAUGAAGUAUCAGUGAUGCUGAGGGAAGAAAUUGAAGAACUUCAAAUAGAGAAUAAGACACAAAAGGCUCAUUUGAAGCAGAAAGAUGAAGAGAAGAUGGGAGUGAUUAGGCACCUAAGUUUAGCAAUAGAUUUGCUUAAGCAAGAGAAUGUGAAGAUGAGAAGCUUCAUUUCCAAGGAACUUGAAAAGAAAUGGAACAACCCUUUUAAUAAAUUGUUCAAUAGAGCCUCUAAGAAUCAAACUAGUGUUAUGCCAGUUUAGAUCUGGUUCAAAAAAAGUUAGUAGGGAUCUUACAAAGAUGUCUAUAUAUUAUAAGAUUGGGAUUUACCCACGUAGCAUAGAAAUAUGAUAAUAGAAUACAAUAUCAUCCUAGUAUAGUAUCUUAUAUAAUUAAACUAUUUAUAUUUUUAGUAAGAUAUUUUAUAUUUUUAUUCCUUUGUCUCAUAUUUUCUUCAUUAUAUAUAAUGCACUCCAAUCAAUGUACCUAAUCUCUCUUUAUCUUGCCUCAAUUGUUCUUUUUCUUCUGUUUCUUAGUACAAAGUGAACAUAAAGCUGAGUCAUUAAAAGGUUCUUUCUGCUAAAUCAAAGUUAUUUGUGGCCCUAAUGCCAUAGUGCAAGGAAUCUAUAAUGUAAAAGCAAUUGAAGAAUAUUCCUGAAUUUACUUAAUUCUACAUAUUUUAAAAGAAAUUGAAAAAAAAUGUAACAUUAAUGAUGAUGAUAUGAUGAUAGUAAUGUUCAAUAUAAUAACAUAAAAAGAUGUGACAUACACUAACAAAAAUUAAAGCUUUGAAUAAUACAAGCUUUCUAGCUAUUACAACAUAUAUGCUGAGUAACAUCUGAACUGAUAUAAUAAAUAAAACCAAGAAAAAAAAAUUAUCCUCAAUUGUUAUUUUCUUUUUACAUUACAAUCACUCAGAAUAUCAGACAGACACACUUAAAAUGUUUAAAAGUCCUCUCUCCAUUUUAUAGCCAAUAAGUCAUUCUAACUCUUUUGAUAGGUAAACAAAAAUUAAUGUCUAGAUAUAAAAUGUAUUUAAAUACAUUAAUUUAUGAACAUAUCAGAACAAUUAAAAUGACUUAAAUAGUGUUUAGUUUUAAGAUAAAACACAAAUACAUUAUUUUUUUUUAUAAUCUUUUUCUCUCUAAAUUUGUGUCUUGUCUCUAAAACCAAACACAACACUAUCAAAACAAAAUGGAGUAUAAAACUUUUGAAACAUUAUUACAGCAGCAGCAAAGAACAUAAUCUAUGACUUUUUAACUCACAUGUCUUGAAAAUGGAGUAUGCAAAAUACCAACAA